AUGAUUAGAAUUGCAGCGUGCAGGGUUAGGGUGAAACCUUCUGGUCUUCGUGGGUUCAGCACCACUGUGGCCAGAUUCAAUGGCAAGAAAGUAGAGGGACCACCCAGGAUCCCUGAGUUGAAAAAGGAAGCACCCUUGGUUACUCCACCUAGCAUCGAGCCGAUCCCAAUUCAAGAAGAGAUUAUUGUGGAAGAGCCAAUUCCCAAGAAGAAGAAAAAGUUUUCCUUGUUUGGGUUCCUUUUCAAGACAUCGUUGUUGGCGGUUGCUGUUUAUGGAGGCACGCUCUAUGUUGCAACCAAGAAUGACAAGGUGAUGGACUUUGUCAUUGAUAACAACUUGCCCUACCACGAGGAGUUGAUUGAGUACAUUGACACCACAUCGUGGGAUGACAUCGAGGAGACAUGGCAUGAAUUGAAAAGAAAAUUCUCUGGCGUCAAGGUUCCUUCGAAGAAAGACCUCGAGCAGAUCACCACCAAGUUGGAGCACAAAGGUGAAGAUCUCUACAAGGAGACAAAGAGAAAGCUAGCAGGUAAAUCAGCGGAGAGGAAAGGCACUGAGCUCACACCGGCUGAGCAAUUGCAAAAACCCGUCGAAGUGGAAAGCGUGACCCGCGAAGUUUCCCGUUUACCGUUGAUUGAGCUCAGUUCCGAUGUUGCCAACUCGGUCGACUCGUCCGUCAAACAAAUCAUUCUGUCCUUGAACAACUUUAUCCAGACAAUCGAUGCCGGCACGCUUGCUUCGUCCAACACUGGCUUAGUCAAAGCAAUUGACUCCAGCCUCAACGAGUUGGCCAAAAAGUUGAACUCGUUGACGACUGCUUUUGACGAAGAGGUCAAGAACAAGUUGAAGGCCUCCCAGACGGAGUUGGUGUCAUCGUACACAAAGAAAGAGUUGGAUUUGACCGAGAACUUGGUUAAGCAGUUCAACGCCGAGAAAGCUCAAUUGGAGAAGAAGCUAAAUCAGAGGUUGGAGCACGAGGUUCAAGCUGCAAGAGAAGCCAUUGGCCAAGCGGCAACAAACGCGGUGUCCAUGGUUAGAAUAGAGCAAACCAACAGCUUUGAAAAAUUGGUUAGCGAAAAGAUCAACGAGGAGAGACUGGGAAGAUUAGCCAACCUCGAGAAAUUGAAUGAGAAGAUUCUCGAGUUGGAAAAAUUCGCCGACUCUUUCCAAGACCAGAUCAUCAAGACUCAUGAACGGACUUUGAUACAAAGGUCGGUUAGCAACUUGAAGAGCUUGUUGUUGAGCUCUUCAGACUUGUCGCAACCGAAAAACAUCCAACCAUACGUUGACAUUUUAGCACAAAUCUCAACCGAUGACGAGGUGUUGAAUUUGGCAUUGAAGGAUUUGCAGCCAUUGAUUGCCAAGGACUCGACCCAUUCAAUCUUGAGCAAUGCGCAAUUGUUGGAACGUUUCCAAUUGUUGGCUCCUGAUUUGAGGUCGAGCUCCCUCUUGCCUCCGAAUGCUGGUUUAUUGGGCCACUUGUCCUCACUCAUCUUUUCGAAACUUCUAUUGCCUGUGAAAGGUGUCAAAGCAGACGGUAAAGACAUUGAAUCGGUUAUCGGCAGAAUUGAAUCAAGCUUAGCGAGAGGAGAGUUGGACAUUGCUGUUGAAGAAGCUACAAAUUUGAAAGGCUGGACGAGACGGUUGGCCAACGACUGGGUCGAACAAGCUAGAAAGAGACUCGAAGUUGAGUUCUUGCUUGGAUUGAUUGAAACCGAGGCCAGGAUUUUGUAA